AACUAAUUGACGUGCGCUUUCACCGUAUUUCACUGGAUGAUCAUCGAUCGAAUCCUGAAGCCUGUACAAGAGAUUCUCCGAUAAGCGGGAAGGACCUUAUAAAAAAUUCGUGGUCUGUGGAUUGUCUAAUAGGAUAAGCAUUAAACACUGCAACUCUAGUGUUCUGGCUAAUUUUUACAGAUUGAAAAUCCAUUCCAGACAUAUAAAGAUCAAAGUCAGUAAGUAUUCUUUGCUGUGCCAUUGUUCUCUGCUUCUGCACACAAUGCUCAAGAUCCCAGAACAUCAGGUUGCAGGUCACAAAGCCAGUGAUGGACUGCUUGGCCCUCUUGUAGAUGAUUCUGGGCGCUUUUACAAACCUCUUCAAGAUGAUGAGCGUGGCUCUAGAGAAGUGACCUUUUACACAUCCUUCUCUUCCAAUACAAGGGUUCCAGAUCACAUCCGCAGAUUCUUUCCCAACUUCUAUGGAACUCAACUUUUAGAGGCAUCUGAUGGAUCUGGGUUGCGACCCCACCUUGUAUUGCAGGAUGUUGUCUCCAGUCACUUGCAUCCAUCCAUCAUGGACAUUAAGAUUGGUUCCAGAACAUGGUACCCACAAGCACCUGAGGACUAUAUCCAGCGUUGCCUUAAGAAAGACAGAGAAACCAGCAGCUUGUCAUUGGGUUUUAGGAUAUCUGGCUUGCAGGUGCAUGGUAACAAGGAAUUGGGACACUGGAAACCAGAGAGGAAGGUUGUCCAGAAGCUUACUGCAGAUGAGGUUCGACUGGCUCUGAGAAAGUUUGUUUCUUCUAACUCUUCUGCUGAUCCAUAUGUGGUACCAGAUAGUCUUUUUGCAUCUAGUGUUUAUGGUGGUUCUAGUGGGAUUUUGGCCCAGCUAUUGGAGCUGAAGGCAUGGUUUGAGGAUCAAAGCAUCUAUCACUUCAAUUCUUGCUCAGUUCUCAUUGUGUAUGAAAAGGAGUCGGUUCUGAAAGGAGGACCUUCAGGUGCUCAAGUUAAACUUAUUGACUUUGCUCAUGUUGUGGAAGGCAAUGGUGUUAUAGAUCACAACUUCUUGGGCGGGGUUUGCUCUUUGAUAAAGUUUAUCUCUGAGAUUCUUACCACUCCAGAUGAAUGCUUAACCACAAAUUGUUUGCAGGACUCUGAAAGAGCCGUGCUUACAAUGGGGACAGCAACGGGGAGUGAACAGAGCAUUUAUAAUGCCUAAGGAUUUAGGCUCAAAUUCCUUUUACACCUAAUUUUUGCGUUGAGGUUGACAAGACUGUCUCAGGGAAUUUGCAUAACUGUCUCAGGGAAUUUCCAUAGACUUAUUGAAGAAAUUUCUCCUUGGAAUUCUAUAUUGCUAUCGUUGUAGUUCUGGCUUAAAAAAGGAAAUAAUCCAUGGAUGUAAAACCCGUAUGGAGUUCAUUGUUCGGAGUCUCCAGAUUUCCUGUCAUUGGGUGGAAAGAAGAAAGCCUAUGCAAUAUGUUGUUAAUUUGUUA